UAGCUUGGAGGGGCCAUGCGGAGUGUGCUGAGAGGUGUUGGGGUCGGGGUCUGGGGUCAGUUCCGUGAGGGUGUGCAGGAGGACGUGGAAACGCUGAGGCUGCAGCUGGGGUGGGUCAGGAUGUCAAGGCUUGCAUGCACGGCUGAGAAGCAGCAAGACGCUGAGCGGAUAAGAAAAGCGUCUUUCUCCUUUCUGUGCCCUGUCGGCGUGUGGAAAUUACCAGAGAACAGGAUGGAACCUCCCAGCCCUCGGCUUUAAAUUACUAGCUGCCUUUACUCGGUUUUCAAGUCCAGGUUUUAGCACUGUCGCUUCCCCUGCUUACUUUUCAGCUAUUUGAAUAUCACCCGUUACCAUCCAUUGAUGUCAAGAUGACUAAGCUUGGAUUUUUGCGGUUGUCCUAUGAGAAGCAGGACACACUUCUGAAGCUUCUCAUCCUGUCGAUGGCUGCUGUGUUAUCAUUUUCUACUCGUCUCUUUGCUGUCCUGAGAUUUGAAAGUGUUAUCCAUGAGUUUGAUCCGUACUUUAAUUAUCGGACUACCCGGUUUCUGGCUGAGGAGGGGUUUUAUAAAUUCCAUAACUGGUUUGAUGACCGGGCCUGGUACCCUUUGGGCCGAAUCAUUGGAGGAACAAUUUACCCAGGCUUAAUGAUCACCUCUGCUGCAAUCUACCACGUACUCCAUUUUUUCCAUAUCACCAUUGACAUUAGGAAUGUCUGUGUUUUCCUGGCCCCUCUCUUCUCCUCCUUUACCACCAUCGUUACAUACCACCUUACCAAAGAGCUCAAGGAUGCAGGAGCUGGUCUUCUUGCUGCUGCCAUGAUUGCUGUAGUUCCUGGGUAUAUUUCUCGGUCUGUAGCUGGCUCUUAUGACAACGAAGGAAUUGCUAUCUUUUGUAUGCUGCUUACUUAUUACAUGUGGAUCAAGGCAGUGAAGACUGGUUCCAUCUACUGGGCUGCCAAGUGUGCCCUUGCUUAUUUCUACAUGGUCUCUUCAUGGGGAGGUUAUGUGUUCCUGAUCAACUUGAUUCCUCUUCAUGUCCUGGUGCUGAUGUUAACAGGCCGUUUUUCUCACCGGAUCUACGUAGCCUACUGUACCGUUUACUGCCUGGGUACCAUUCUUUCUAUGCAGAUCUCCUUUGUGGGCUUCCAGCCUGUCCUUUCAUCAGAACACAUGGCAGCCUUUGGAGUGUUUGGUCUCUGUCAGAUCCAUGCCUUCGUAGAUUAUCUGCGCAGCAAGUUGAAUCCACAGCAAUUUGAAGUUCUUUUCCGAAGUGUUAUCUCCCUGGUUGGCUUUGUCCUCCUCACCGUGGGAGCACUCCUCAUGCUGACAGGAAAAAUUUCUCCCUGGACUGGGCGUUUCUACUCACUGCUGGAUCCUUCUUACGCUAAGAACAACAUCCCCAUCAUUGCAUCUGUGUCUGAGCACCAGCCCACAACCUGGUCCUCCUACUAUUUUGAUCUGCAGCUUCUUGUCUUCAUGUUUCCAGUUGGCCUCUAUUACUGCUUUAGUAACCUGUCUGAUGCUCGGAUUUUUAUCAUCAUGUAUGGUGUGACCAGCAUGUACUUUUCAGCUGUAAUGGUGCGUCUAAUGCUGGUGUUGGCACCUGUUAUGUGCAUUCUUUCUGGCAUUGGUGUCUCCCAGGUGCUGUCCACAUACAUGAAGAAUCUGGAUAUAAGUCGCCCAGACAAGAAGAGCAAGAAGCAACAGGAUUCUACUUACCCUAUUAAGAAUGAGGUGGCAAGUGGAAUGAUACUGGUCAUGGCUUUUUUUCUCAUCACCUACACUUUUCAUUCAACUUGGGUAACCAGUGAAGCCUACUCUUCCCCUUCUAUUGUACUGUCGGCCCGUGGUGGGGAUGGCAGUAGGAUCAUUUUUGAUGACUUCCGAGAAGCAUAUUAUUGGCUUCGUCACAAUACACCAGAGGAUGCAAAGGUCAUGUCAUGGUGGGAUUAUGGCUACCAAAUUACUGCAAUGGCAAAUCGGACAAUUUUAGUGGAUAAUAACACAUGGAAUAAUACUCAUAUUUCUCGAGUAGGGCAGGCAAUGGCAUCCACAGAAGAAAAAGCCUAUGAAAUCAUGAGGGAGCUGGAUGUCAGCUAUGUGCUUGUCAUUUUUGGAGGCCUAACAGGGUAUUCCUCUGAUGAUAUCAACAAGUUUCUUUGGAUGGUCCGGAUUGGAGGAAGCACAGAUACAGGAAGACAUAUCAAGGAGAAUGACUACUAUACUCCAACUGGGGAAUUCCGUGUGGAUCGUGAGGGGUCUCCAGUGCUGCUCAACUGCCUUAUGUACAAAAUGUGUUAUUAUCGCUUUGGGCAGGUCUACACAGAAGCCAAGCGUCCGCCAGGCUUUGACCGUGUUCGAAAUGCUGAGAUUGGUAAUAAAGACUUUGAGCUUGAUGUCCUGGAGGAAGCAUAUACCACAGAACAUUGGCUGGUCAGGAUAUACAAGGUAAAGGACCUGGAUAAUCGAGGCUUGUCAAGGACAUAAAUGUCACAUUGUGCCCUGAUAUGCUUCGCACUGAGUGCGUCAUAUUGAGGACGCCGAAGAUUUUUUUUUAUAUACAUACAGUUUAUAAGAACAGAGCCGGAUGGGAUUAGAAUUGUCUGGAAGUUUUGUCCUGGACAGUAUGGGCUAGGCCAAAUGAAAUGAUUUUUAUAAUUCUGAGCAGGUUACCAAAUGAAAUGUCAUGGCUUUACUUGGUCAAUUAAAAGGGGGUAUUUUUUUUUUUUUUUAAAUGUGCCUUAUUUGUUUUGACUUAAAUUGGCUGAUUUGAGGAUCACAGAAGUGAAUGGAUGGAAGACCAUAUCCAUGCUCUAGGUCCCCAGAUGAACCAAAUAGGAGCAUUUUCUUUCUCUUUCCUAUCAGCAAACUCAAGGACUAGCUCUGGUUCUACAAAUAUAAAAACUUUUUCACACUUCUUGUUUUAUAGCACCCGGUACAAUGCUUUGCAUAUAAUGGGUGCUUAAUAAAAAUUUUUAUCAAAUGAAUAAAUGUUUUUGGGACCAGAAGAGUGCUAUUUCUGAGCAAGGAAGACAACUUUCUUGCUGUUAUACCUAUGUUCUCAAUGUCUAUUUCUUUAGAAGCUCUUUGGCUUUGAAAGGACAGAAAGUUGCUAAGUAUCCCUGAUCUCACCAGGAUUCUUUUAAACCAGUGAGGGUUUUUCUUAUUCUAAGCAGGUAGAUGAACCAAAUGUGACUAAUCCAAUAGUUUUUAAGACUCAGUGAAACAUAUUAAUCUGAGAGGAAGACACUCCUCUAACAUCACAUAUAGAGGUUGAUGGUCAGUAGAUGUUUCUGGAAUCAGAUAUAGUUAUAUGUACCUAUAUGACAUUUAGGUUUUCAGUGCUUCACUAAAUCUAAAACACAGUAAAUGACUCUUUGCUCAUGUCCGGUAGACUGCACUAAAUCUCUUGGGGUUUUCCACCAUGAGCUUCUGUUUUUCUUAGUGUCAAUCUGCUGUAUUCAUAUACCACUUCAGGCUUGUUACCUGGUUUUGAAGCCCUUGCUAAAUAUAUAACUAGGAAGUAGGAAGUGUUGCUGCUAGCAGGUAACUAGAGAUCAUUGCCAGUCUGACUGUAAGAAAAGAGACUUUCAAAAGCUUUUUAACUUCAAAGCACAGAGGUCUCAUAGUUAUUUUAUGCCAAGAUAAGCAGCUUUCUGUUCAGUACAAUAGGACAUUUCAUGUAUUUUACAACAUAGGACAUAAUCACUGAUGUAUAUAAACUGUCUUAAAUUAGUUGAACCUGUUUAAGAAGACAGGAGGAAUUAUAUGACUUUUAGAUAGUCACAUUAGUACUCUGUGCAUAUAUGCUUAGGUACACUUGUAUACCUAAGGACUUCACCUUCAAGCCAGUUUAUGUACCAUGUACUUUAACUGUGGCUGAAAUUUAGAUUUAACAGAAGAUUUGAUUUCCUAUAUGUAAAUAUAUUACUUGAUUUAUAUACAUAAUUACUGCCUACUGGGAAAGGUUAAUCUGAGAUUUAUCAAUAUGAUUAUAUUACAGAUUAUUAGUAAGCUUUCUCUGUAGUAUAAAUGGGAUAACCCUUUUUCAUACCAUUUUAACUCCUGGGAUUUUGAUAUUUUCUAGUUUACACAGAUUUUUUUUUUUUUUAAAUUGCUUUCAUUUUCAGUUAUAGUCCACUUAGUGUAAAAAAAAAAUCCAUCUAAAAAACAACAAUACACUUUCACACAUAUCCCUUCCCAUGCACCCAUUCACCCUCUAGAGACUCCACAUUCAGCUAUGCUGACCUCCCAUCAUUACCUCCUGCCUAUUAGUAACUUGUUUUGUUAUGUUUUGGUAUUGUAGUUUGAGGUAGCAUUGAUUUGGGUGGGAACAGGAAUUAGUACCUUUUCACCAUCCCUUAUAUCAGUGGUUCUUAACUCGUGGGUUGGGACCCCUUGGCACACCUCUGUCUCCAAAAAAAUUUACUUUAUGAUUCAUAACAGUAGCAAAAUUACAGUCAGAAAUAGAAACAAAAACAACUGUAUUUUUAAAGGGUCUCCAAAUAUUAGAAGGUUGAAAACCACUGCCUUAUAUUUUGUGACAUAUUUUUACUGUCAUCUGUUACAGCUGUGAUUACCUUUUACCUUUUGGCUAUUCUCAGUUAAGAUGUAUUAUAUACUGUUACUUUUUGAUGGUGGUUGUUUUUAAGACAGUUCCAUGUACUUAGGCUGGCUUUGAACUCGUGAUUGUCCUGCCUCUACCUCCUAGGUGUUGAGAUUACAGGUGUGGGCCACUAUAGCCAGCUAGUUACUAUUUUUCCUCUAUAACUUCUUUUAGGAAGUAAUUUAAUUUUUAGUACCUAUUAUAAAUCUCUCCUACCCCCUCACUCCCUAGCCAAUUCUCUUUCAUUUGUGCCUAUUUUCUCUUCAUGUGAUCAAAUACAUUCAUUAACCAAUUUUUGCUUCUUUGAGACAGGGUUUUUUGUAGCAGGGGCUGGCUUUGAAUUCCUGAUUCUCCUGCCUCUAUUGGGAUUAUAGGUAUAUGCUACCACACCUGAUUACGUUGUUUACUUUUAAGAAUGUGUUUUAUUUUUCAGCUUGAAUUGGUUAACUCUCCAAGUUUGUUGAGUUGUAUUAUUUCACUGUUAUAUUUGUUAAUCUUUUGCCUUUUUUAUUGAUUUGCCAUUUCUUUUUUUUUUUUUUUUUUUUUUUUUUUUUUUUUUAAAAUUUUAUUUAUUAUGUAUACAGUGUUCUGCCUACACAUAUGCCUAUAGGCCAGAAGAGGGCACCAGAUCUCAUUAGAGAUGGUUGUGAUCCACCAUGUGGUUGCUGGGAAUUGAACUCAGGACCUCUGGAAGAGCAGCCAGUACUCUUAACCUCUGAGCCAUCUCUCCAGCCCAAAACAACUCUUGUUUUUUUUUUUUUUUUUUUUUUUUGGUUUUUCGAGACAGGGUUUCUCUGUGUAGCUUUGUGCCUUUCCUGGAACUCACUUGGUAGCCCAGGCUGGCCUCGAAAUCCCAGAGAUCCACCUGGCUCUGCCUCCCGAGUGCUGGGAUUAAAGGCGUGCGCCACCACUGCCCGGCUGAUUUGCCAUUUCUAAGUAACUUCUUAUGAAAGUGUGUAGGGGGAAUAAAUUACUGGAGCUCUUUUAUUCAUACUCAACGCAUAGGUGGGUAAAGAAUUUCAGACUGUCACUAUUUUGCAUUAUAAAGGCACUAGCCCAUUGUUCUCUACUUUCCUAAUGUUAAGAAAUGCAGUUAUUCCGCUGAGUAUUUGUCUGUUCUUCGCCCCAGACCUCUUGGUUGCAUCUUUAUUGGGGCUAUCCACUGUGCCAGGCACUCUGGAUUUUCAUGUGUGCAUAGUCAAGUUGUUUUUUUUUUUUUUUUUUUUUGAAAAAACACUCUAUAUGUAGAUUUCUCCAGCUGUCUUUCUGAUAUAGCUAAUUAAAAAAUUUAAAUGUUAGGCAACACAAUGUGACACUUUAAAUAUUUACUUUUAUUUUAUGUGUUUGGGUGUUUUGCCUCCAUACGUGUGUAAUAUCAUGUGUAUGCUUGGUGCCCACAGAGUCCAGAUGAGGGCAUCAGAUUUCUAGAACUGGAGUUACAGACAGUUGUGAGCUGCCGUGUGGGUGCUGGGAAUUGAACCCAGGUCAUUUGGAAGAGCUGUUAGUGGUCUUAACUGUUGACUCAACUCCCCAGCCCUGGUAUAGUUAUUUGAAUGUGGGGCUUCCUGAGUCAAUUUCCUAAAAUUUUCAUAGUUGCUGUUUUAUUUUUCAUCUCCUACGAUAUUUCCUCAGCUGUAUUUUCUCUCUUCUCACUCCUCCCCCACCUCCUUUCUGUAUUGGGUCAAACCGGGGUCACUGUCAGUGAGCUACAUUUCCAUCUUCAACCAUGUUUUCAAAUAUUUUAUUUUUUCUUUUCUGCUUUCCAUUUCUAAAGUCUUUUUUUUUUUUUUUUUUUGGUUUUUCGAGACAGGGUUUCUCUGUGUAGCUUUGCGCCUUUUCCUGGAACUCACUUGGUAGCCCAGGCUGGCCUCGAACUCACAGAGAUCCGCCUGGCUCUGCCUCCCGAGUGCUGGGAUUAAAGGCGUGCGCCACCACCGCCCGGCCCAUUUCUAAAGUCUUAAGAGCUCUUUUGUCUGACUAUCUCAUUGUUUUGCUGCCUUUCCAAUUAAAGACUUUCCCAAAUUC